AGUACGGAUCGGUUGGUUCCAGAUACCUUGGCCUAUGUAAUGUAGUGUGAAAUUGAACUGAUUGCAGUUGAACGGAACAGUUCUUUGGAGACUUAUUGGAAGAAAGAAUAAAGUCAUAAAUUGUUUUGCUUCUGCAGUUUUUAUUUUUGAUUAAUGACUGCACUGAGGUUGCUAAGUGAUUUGCGCACGCGUACGGAUCAAGAGUUUUUCUCAAUGGUUUUAAGUCAAUGCAAUCAGUUGUGUGAUUGCGCGUCGUUAAUUGCAUUGAGUGCAAAUUUGUGAACGAUCUGGUAGUAGUGUGGAGUUUGCGAAGCUGUGAACAUACUGGGUUCAAGGAAAACAGGGCAUGCAUAAUCGAAGUUAGUGGCGUGAACUUAGAGUUUCUAAAGUGCUUGGAAUGUUUUAACAGUAAGUGGUUGUGGCCGAAGUAUUUGGCGAAGGUAUAUAGGAAGAUACUGUGGAAGUGUGCAUUGUAUUAGAUAAAUUGGUGUGAUAUAGCAAAUAUUUUGCCGGCGACUGAAUAUCCGUUAAUAUUGCCACCCAAGGUCAAGUUCGAGAACAAUAGAGACGCCUUGAUAUGCAUGAAUUCCAUUACUGGAUGCAUUUUUAGUGGAAUUCAUUUCAAAACCUUACAACCUCUGGCCGGAUAUUUUCCCUUGAUAAAUGCCAACACAAUACCAAACAGAAUGUUAGAAAAUUUGCUUCGGAUAAUUUGCAUAAUUUGCUUCGGAGCAUCUUUAGGAGUAUUCGCUGAUAUUAGAGUGAUUGAUGAUGGAGAACGUGCGGGAUGCUUUCAUGAUGGAACGCUAUUUGCAAACGGAUCCAUGGUACCAACGAUGGAACCUUGCUUAAGCUGUCGAUGUAAUAUUAACACUUUGAUAUGCAGUCUUCGAGUUUGUCCGGAAAUGCCAGUGCCACCCCCACGCGGUUGUAUUCUCGUUCAAAAGAAAAGUGGAUGCUGUCCAUAUCUGUCUUGUAAAAAAUAUCAUACUCCAUAUGAUGGACAAAAUAGGCGGAUAGUCGCGUAUCUGGAUCAUUAUGAACGAGAAACUAUUGAUCGUGUGGUUAAUGAUAAUGUACUGCAAAGACGAUCCGAUGAUUCUGAUUUGGAUGGAACUGGCGAAAUUUGUAUCGUGAAUGGCACAGUAUACAAAUCCGGCUCAGCGAUGGGUUCAUCUAGCCUUUGUUCGUAUUGUUACUGUAUUGGAGGCAUCCAAAAAUGUGUCAAACCAAAAUGUAUGUUAAAUAUGGACGGCUGCAAACCGAUUUUCGUUGAUUCAACUUGUUGUCCAGUGCGCUAUGAUUGUUCCUCCAGAAAUUCCGGUAUUGUCAAAGCUUCCCGUUUUCAAAUUAGAAGUGGUAAUAAACAUUAUUUGAGGGUUAUUGGACGAACUCAAAGAAACCGAGGGUGUAUUAUCAAUUCGACGUUCUAUCACGAAGGGCAAAAACUGCCUACGGAUCCCGAAAGGCAUUGUGACAUAUGCUUCUGUAUAAGAGGAUCAAGAAAAUGUGCACCGAAAAAGUGCGCACCCCCUCUAAAAAAUUGCAUACCUGUAGUUCCGAAGGGUCAAUGUUGUCCUUCAAGCUAUGAUUGUAAUAAUACUAGAGAGCCAGGAAGGCAGUUUGAUCUGUUUUCCUUAUUGUUUGGCCCGGAGAACAACGCUAGUACAACCGAUGUUUCUCCAACAACUGUAGCUUUUAGCAGUAAUGGUAUUAAAACUAGUACCGAGAAAACGUUUUUCGAUGCCAUUCGAGAGGGCCUGGAGUACAUAGAUAACAGUGAGAGUACGGUCGCGGAUGUGCUGAAACAACUGAAUAUUAUAAAUGAUACAACAACUAGCACCUCGACUAGUACGACGGAAACUGCUUUGUUAGAUAAAUUGGAUCAGGAGGAAGAUGAAGAUUUGGGGUUGUUCGAUAUUUUGUUAGGUAAGACCAAGGAGAAAGAUAGCGAGAAAAGUAAUUCUACAGAGGACUAUGAUGAGGAAGGUAACGCUGAUGGAGAAGAAGUUAAUAGCACGGAAGUCACCGAUACGGGCAAUGACAAAAGCGGUGACAACCUGCUGGAAAAACAAGUUAACAACCCAGAAGUCAUCACUAAUAAGGAUACCGGCAACAACACAGAAGAGCAAAAGGUGGAGGGGGGGACCAAAAUGGAAGUUACUGAAGAUGAUCUCGUGGACGAGGAUAAAGUGACGGUAUCGAUUAUGAGCAUCACUGAUGAUGAUCCAACUACAGACAACCCGCCUAGUACCAUUGAGUAUGCAAAUGAAGAAUCUGAUGAAUAUCUAUACAGCACAACUGCAGAAGAAGAAGAUAGUACAGAGUUUGUGGACGAGGAAGAUAACGAUGUUCACGAAGAAGAGCAGAUUGUAACUACUACCGAACCAAAUACAACAGAAGCUAGCUCCAUUCAACAGGAUGAACAACAUACGUCCACUGAGGUUAUCGCAAGUACUGAAGUAGAAAGUAAGAACAAUGGAUUAGAUAUUCGCGCAAGUACACUGCCAAGUAUAGGUAACGCAACUGAAGAAGAGAUGAAUACAGAAUUGCCUCCGAGCACAUCUGCUCUAAACAAUGAUCAUAAAGAUCAAACAACUGAAACCAAUGGUGGCGAUUUCUUUUCAGCGUUGUUUAAUGGCUUGACCAAAAUUCUCGAACCAACAAAUAAUAAAACCGUUUCUGUCGGUAUCGUGAAUAAAACAAAUAACGAUGCAAAUGAUGAAAAUGUGGAUGCAAUUUCUGAAUCUACCCCCAACGGAAAAUCUACGUCUUCGACAGAAUCUUCGAUAACAGUUUCCCCGCCUGUAAUGGAAGUUACAACGGAAAAACCAAUUCCUGUGUCUCCACCUUCCAUCAACAUAUUAACCCCCAUGCCAACAGAAAGGACUGUUAUUAUUAAAACAAACCCGUCCAUACUUGAAGCAGACUACAAUUUCGAUUACAGCGAACCAACAUUGCCUCCCAGUUUGCCCAACCUAAAAAUCAUUCCAUUCCUGCCCACAGACGCAGUGAAAAAUGACAGGAAGCAAAUGAACUACGAUUACUAUGGCAAACUCAAACCAACUCCAGGAUAUCCUUCAAUUACUGAAAAACAUGACAACUGGGGUCAUCCAGCAGGAACAGGCCCUAAAAAUUCAAUUGCCAAAAUUGAUUAUGAUGUUGGAUAUGAUCACACAGUAUCGUAUCCUUCUAUUACGGAACCUUACGAUGAAAAUUCCAGUGAUCGACACAAGUAUGAAUUUAGUAGUUUUGAAUAUUCUGAUACUUCUUUGGAAGAGAUGAAAAACAAGUUCGAAAGUCCUGUUGCAGCUGAACCAUACGAUUUUAUGAAAACUGAAGCUCCGCCAACAGUAAACAGAUUUUCUCCGCCAGCUAAAACUGAAGGCGGAUUCGUUCCGAAGGAUCCAAUGCCCGAGCAGUUUUAUUAUGAUACUUUCCAUACUACCAAGUUUUUGAUUGAUUUGACCACAUCUGCACCGAAUGUUCUGACGACUGUGAAUGUAUCUAAAACUGCAAUCACUACCCCGGAUCCCUUCAAAGACGUCAUCAAAACUGAGCCACCACCUGAUCUAUCAUCGCUCAUAGUCGAUAAGGAGAAAUUGUUAGCCAACGGCCCUCAAGCAUCCAAAGAAAGUGAAGAUGACGCAGAUUUUGAAAAGGAAAUCAUCUCGAUAACAACUGAUGCCACGUACAAUUUCACAUCUGAAUACAAAGAUGCAAAGGAUGACCUUGUCAAUGAUUCGAAUUUCAUGGUGAAUUUCUAUGAACUUAGCAACGUGAAUAUUUCAACAAGCACUGUUCACCCGGCUGUCAUGCAAAGCAACGCAACUAAUCCCAUUCCACCAUUUUCUCCUGUAAUGAGCAAUACCAAGACGAAAUUAAACACCACAGAAAACAACUACAGCUUUGUUGCAGGCUUGGAUAGUGUUCUAGAUUUGUUUUUCAAAGAUGAGGGAAAGAACAUGUCAUAUGAAGGAAUAACGAUUCCACCAUUCAGAACCCUCCCUCCGGCCAAUACCAAAUAUGAGCUCAUAAAAACAUACAGUCCAGGAUCUACUCAUGGAGAUCUAGACAGCAGUGAUUCAGUUGAAGAUUUGAGUAUCUUAAAAGACGCCUUAUUCACUGGCUAUGAACCUAAAGACAGUGAAAGUUACAAAGUUCACUCCAAAGUCGAAACUUCUACUGAAGCCAAAAAACCUGAAGAUGUUCCAGCAAAUGAUAUGCCUGCCUUCCUUGCUGAGCCCUUUAACAAACUACCUUUUAUCAAGCCUAGUUUUCCAGUGAAACCUCCUAAAGAGUAUCACUAUAACCCUAUGAAUUCCGAUUUGGAUCUCAUGCUCCCUUCGCCAGGCGACACGGAGAUGAAAACGCAUUUCAAUGUCGAAGGAUAUAAGGUGAUUUCCAAUGACCCGACCAUAGCUCAAACGGACUCAUACGUCGUCAAUCCGGUUGACAUUAACAAACUGAAACAACAUCAAUCCGGAGGAGGGGCGCAAGUUUUCACCAAACCUGAUGCUUCGAAUAGUAUAAAUGAUCCAGCAGGAAUACUAAAAUUAGCAGGAUGCAAUAUCUAUGGAAGAAUGUACCGAGUUGGCAGGAUAAUUUCAGAGCUCUCUGGACCAUGUUUAGAAUGUAAAUGUACGGAGGUCGGUGUAAACUGUACACCACUUAGUUGUUGAAAGGAACAAUUUGAAAUCGAGAAAAUGUUGAAUCAGAAAGAUGGAGCUAAAAUUAUUUUGUCCUUUCGUUAUGGGGAAGGUCUAAUGAAAGAACUUUUCGUUAUUGAGAAAGUCUAAUGAAAAUUUCCCCAUGACGGACGCCUAUUUUACUCCAUUUGUUAACGAAAACUGUCUUUAGUUUUAGAUCUUCCAAAGUUAUAUAUUUUACUGUAUAUUUUAUUUAACAAAUAUCUCAAUUAUUGUAUCUCUAGAAUAAGUAGAUUGAUAAGUUUAGUUUUAGUUGCAAAUGAAUUGAAUAUGAUUUUCCAUUUAGUUGCAUAUUUUAACUAUUAGAAUUACAACAAAGUAUCAUGAUUUUCCACUUUUUGUACGGAAUUAUGUAAUGCAAGUUUCUCUUUUAAAGAAAGAAAAAGCAAA